AUGGUGGAAAGACGCUUCUCUAGAUUGUCUACCAUUUUAGUCGUAUUUUUAUCUCUAUUUUUGCUCGUGGAGUCUUUUAAACCUUGUCGAAGGUUAGUUAAAGGUGCCUCCUGUCUAAUGUGUGCACUUAAACUGGAUAUCAAGCAGUUUCCAACAAGAAAUACGCCUGGUCUACCGAGACAUUCUCCUUCCACUACUAAAGCCAGCCUGCCACCAUCUUGUAAAUUGAAAGUUAGUUUACAUUUGCUGAAAUUAUCUAUGGUCGCUUCCUCGUUAGUUCUUUUAUCUGGUGAUGUGAGUUUAAAUCCUGGUCCUUAUGCAGAUGAUCUGCCAAAAGCUCGUGGCUUCAAAGUGGCUCACCUGAAUGUACGAAGCUUGGUAAACAAACUGGACGACAUUAGUCAUCUCGUAAGAAGUAAAUCGUUCGAUAUUUUCUCAGUUUCUGAGACUUGGCUCAAUCCCACUAUAUUGGAUACUGAAAUUGACAUUCCUGGCUAUACGUUAGUAAGACAUGACCGCAAUGGCAAACGAGGUGGUGGAACAGCGAUUUUUGUUCGAGAUGGCAUUCCCUAUAGACACCUAACGGACUUGUUUGACGGGGUAAACGAAGCUUGCUGGAUUGAAAUAAACCGUGCUAAAUGUAAAAAGUUAAUCGUUUGUUGUGUGUAUAGACCGCCAGAUUAUUGCUGUGACUCCUUGAUUGACUAUUUUAACACAUCUCUUUCAAAAUUGCCUGUUGAAACUGAAGUUAUAAUUCUGGGAGAUUUUAAUGCCGAUUUCUCAGCCGAGAAGAAUACUGCCGCGUAUAAAGCGAAGCAGAAGUUACAAAGAUUUGCAAACCUGAAUGAUUUUGAACAAUUGAUCAAAACUCCCACUAGAAUUUGUAACCAGACGAGAACUCUGAUUGAUUUAGUUUUUGUCAAUAAUAGUCAUCGUGUUGUUGAAAGCGGAGUCAUUCACUCGGCAAUUAGCGACCACUCUAUUGUUUAUUGCACUAUAAAAUCUGGUGUUCCCAAAGCUCCUCCAAAAACAAUUGAAUAUCGCUCUUACCGCACAUUUGACAAGAACUCUUUUAUUCAAGAUCUUAAGUCAAUUGACUGGGAUAUAAUAGACGAAACUCAAGAUCUAGAUGCUGCUGUCGAAACAUGGAAUGCACUCUUUUCUGAUGUUGCUGAUAAACAUGCACCUAUUAAAAGGAGCCGCAUCAAAGGAACCAAAACACCCUGGUUGACGGCUAAACUUAAAGACGCGAUGCGAGAUCGUGAUUACCAUCAUAGAAAGGCUAUUAAAAGUAACUCUGAAUUUCACUGGAACAUGUACAAAAAAUUAAAAUGCCGUGUUACCAAACAAGUUAAGAAGAGUAAAGCCGAUUAUUAUCUCGAAUUAAUUAACAGAAACAAAAGCAAUUCUAGUGGACUAUGGAAAAUACUCAAUGAAAUUACAACACGUAAAUCCACAUCGCCAGUCACUUGUAUUGAAGCGGACGGCGUAACCUACACGGACUCACAAUCCAUUGCUGAAGUCCUGAAUGAUUAUUUUUCUUCUAUUGGAUCGAAACUCGCUGCUAAGAUAACUCCUGGUCUAAAUUACAUCUGGAAAAACCCUUCUUUGACUGUUGAUGCUAAUCCUGUUAGUGGUUUCAACUUCCAACCUGUAGAAGAAGCGUUUGUCCGUACAGAAUUAAAUCGGCUAAAGACCAACAAAGCCAUAGGACUUGACAAGAUUAGCGCGCGUCUUCUAAAGGACUCUGCCUCAUUAAUAGCACCAGUUUUAACAAAGUUGUUCAAUAGGUCAUUGGAGUCGUCGAAAUUCCCGUCGAUCUGGAAAUUUGGUAAAGUCACUGCUCUAUUUAAAUCUGGAGACAGAUGCGAUUCUGGAAAUUAUAGACCGAUCACUAUUUUACCCACGGUCAGCAAAGUCUUAGAGAAGGUUGUACAUCACCAAGUUUACAAAUACCUUGUGGAUGAAAAGAUUCUAUCGCCAGUGCAAUUUGGUUUUAGACCAAAUCUAUCAACCGAAGUCGCUUUGAUACAUUUUACUGACUCGAUUCUUGAUAAUAUGGACAAAGGCGCUGUCACUGGAGCAGUCUUUUUGGACCUAUCAAAGGCCUUUGACACGGUGAACCAUUCUAUACUAUUUUCAAAAUUAUCGAAGGCUGGAUUUACUGAUGCCACUAUAACAUGGUUCAAAUCAUACCUAUAUCAGAGAAUACAAGUAACAAGAGUGGAUAAUGCUACCUCUUCUGCAAAGUAUGUCUCAGUUGGAGUUCCACAAGGGAGUGUCCUUGGACCACUCCUAUUUAUCCUUUACGUGAACGACUUGCCGUCUUGUAUUAAGAAGUGUAAAGUGACUAUGUAUGCAGAUGACACGGUUCUUUAUUUCUCUUCCUCUACGUUGUCGGGACUUGAGGAAAAUUUGAAUGCUGACCUUGAAAUCCUUCGCAGAUAUUUAAAUGACAAUCUUUUAACUUUGAACGCUGAGAAAAGCAAAUUUGUAAUCUUCGGCAGCACGCGUAAACUCAAUUCAUUCCGUGAGUUUUCAUUAGAGAUCAACGCACAUAACUUGGAACGUAGAGACACCUUCAAAUACCUUGGCAUUAAACUUAAUCAAAAUAUGUCUUGGUCGGACCAGAUUGAUGCCCUUAGCAAAAAAGUCAGCCAACGACUUGGAGUUCUGCGUCGUGUUAAGUAUUUGCUGCCUCCACAUGGUCGUUUGGCGAUAUAUAACAGUCUUAUUUUACCGUUAUUUGAUUAUGCAGAUAUUGUAUGGGGGGACAAGAACAAUAAAGUCCUAAUGCAUAAUCUCCAGGUUUUGCAAAAUAACGCAGCAAGAACUAUACUGGAUUAUCCCAAAUACUUUUCCGGUACCGAAGCCCUCGCACAGCUAAACUGGAUGCCUCUAUCAGAACGUCGACGCCAACAUCGUUGUAUUGGUAUUUAUAAAUGUAUAAAUAAGUAUAUAAAAUAUCAAUUCAACCUAGUUCAAAACGUUGAAAUUCACUCCCACAACACACGCCGCCGUCAGGAUUUACAUCUUCCACGCUCGCGUACUAACUGGGGAAAACAACGCUAUAUAUAUCAAGCAGUCGUUGAUUGGAAUAACCUUAAUUUAGACCAAAGACAAUCGAACAAUUUGACUUCUUUUAAGAACUCUAUAUAA